CGGAGUAAACUUUAAUUCAAUUCCUCCAGCACUUGGGUGGGCCAUAUAUAAAACAAAGACAUGGGGGACUCAGCCGGGAGGCGGUGGUUCACGGCGGCGGUAUUGAUUGCAUCACUGUUGGAGCCGGUGGUUAGCGGCCCACAAACCAAGCAGCUAAACAAGGGGUGCCGCCAGUACAAUGCUACCGACGCCACAGAUUUCUCCCGGAGACUCAACUCCAGCUUUGCAGAUCUGAGAAACCAGCUAUUAUUGUCCCACCGGCAAAACAACAACAAACACUUCGCCACCACUGGGCCGCCUGUCUAUGCCAUGGUCCAGUGCAGAAACUACCUCUCCGCCGCUGACUGCGUCGCCUGUUUUGACGCGGCAGUGGCGGCCAUCCUAAGUUGCUCCUCCGCCAACGGUGGUCGUGUCAUAUUUGACGGCUGCUUCCUCAGGUGAUUUUUGUUAACAUCAUUUGGGUGCCAAAACGUAAAUCCGAGCAAUCCGGCCAUUUUCAUUAAUUUUAGAAUAUUGACAUAAAAAUAAUUUUAUUAGAUUUGAAUUCUUUAAUAUGAAAUACGGAGUAUUUUUCUUAAUUAUUACGUCAUGUAAUUGAUAUAUCAUAUACUCCGUAUAAUUGAUCAAAGUAUAUAUAGUAGUGAAAAAGAGAAUAUAAUGAUGAUGGGGGG